GCAGUUCAACCGGUUGUCGAUACUGAGAAAUAGUAACGCGAAACAUUAACAGUACAAUAAAAUAGUAAACAAUUUCGUACGCCGAUAAGGAGAUCAGGUUUGCUUUUAAUGUGCCGAAUUCGACAGAAGAGCCUUGGACACAGGCGAAAGCGUUUUUUUUUUAGCUUCACUCGUUUUUACCGUUACACUGCAUCGACCCCUAAAUUAUAGCAGCCUCGAAGCCUACAAAAUUUUGAUAACUUUCUCAAAAACGUGUAAGACUUAAAUAAAUGUCCUCGGAGGGGAUCAGUAAAAUUUAUGUUACGCUUAUUGCGCAUACAGAAAUGAUAUUUUACCACGACGAUGACGCCAAGCUGUUUGGCCAACGCUUCGUAAUUUUAGCGAUUCAUAAUUAAUUUUUUUUAUCAAUAUGAAAACGUUAUCGGAUAAACGCGAUUUAUCUAUUAUUGAGCAAUUGAUAAUUUACACUUAGUUUUUCGUGAAAUGUUGAGGUGUUAAGAAUGGCAGAUAAAGUGAAAAAGAAACCGUUUUUUACGCUUAAGCGUUGGAAUAGUCAAAAGCAAAGCGACUACGUUUUGGGAACGAUCAGUCCAAUAACACCGUCGCCGCGGGGACAGUCUCAGGAUAACACAGAGUUGUGCAGGUCACACAACUCACUAGCGACUCGGACGAUGAAUUCCGUUUCAGAUUCUAAGCCUAGAAAGUUAUCUGCGGGCGGUAUCAAGGAAUUGGUUCAGUGUCCGCUAUGUCUUGACGUACUUCACAAUCCGAAGAUGCUACCAUGUCAGCACACAUUCUGCAUGACCUGUCUCAAUUCUUAUAUUGGCGAUAAACCUAUAUUUGAAUGUCCAAUAUGCAAAACGAAAAUACAAGUACAAGGACCGAAUUUCAUAAGAGAUUUGCCUUCGAAUCUAUACAUAGAUUCGUUAUUGAAUAUAGUGGGUAUUCAUAAUAAGCCCCAGAAGAAUCCAGAAACACCUCCAGCGACUCCAACUACACCUGGCACUCAAAGCGUGGAUCUCUUCGCUGUUGGGCUCCGAUGUUCGAAUUGCAAAAGCCAUUGUGACAAUACAAAUAUUACUUCAUGCGAACAUUGUAGAUUGAAAUUCUGCGGUGUCUGCUGGUCCCAACAUUUAGACGAUAUGAGAACUCAAAUAGGAUCAAUAUUGAAACAGCUCGAUUCUGCUACCAAUCGACUCAAUCACAAAAUAGAACAUUUUAAGGAUCGUUGCGAACGUAUUACUGAACAGAUAAACAAAACGGCUGAAGAUAAGAUCAACGCUAUAAUCGAUUCCAAAAACAAUAUGCUGAUUGAAGCGGUGAGCUUGCAGAAAUCUGGCGAUAUGUCUGCUUUGGCGCUAAAGACUUCGUUGGAGGAAGCCAAAACAGUCGCUUCGAAGGCUAUGACAGUAUCGGAUGGCGUUAACAUAGAUGGCGAGCAACAAGUAACAACAUUCAUGAAUCUUCAUCAAAAUGCAAUACAAUUACUAACGGACGUAAUAAAAUGGGACACGGAAGGAUUCGUUUUCGAUAAAGAGAACUUCACGUUGGAAGUUGAUUCAACUACACCAGUUGACGCUGAAUCGGAAGACCCAGUGUCUGAAGGAUCUAAACAUAACGAUCCGUUGGAAAGCGAGGAGAGUCUAGUCACUUAUUACAGAUCCCGUAAUUUCAUACCACACUAUGUGUGGCGUAAAACCUCGCGACCGAGCGGUGUCGGUCUGAGUCCGUGGGACAGUCAUCUUUACGUCUGCGGAAUGGACAGUCAUAGCGUGAUGGUGGUAGAACGUGCGCAGGCGAAGAUCGUGACGCGUCUGACGUGCGAUGAGAUGUUAUGUCCUGUCCAGAUCGCGUUUAUGAAGAGUCAGGGCGAAAUUUAUGUCACCGACAAAUGGAAACACUGCAUCCAUGUUUUCUCCAAAGACGGUCUGUACUUAAGGUCCAUCGGUCAUAAAGGCAGCAGAGUCGGCAUGUUUCGCUCUCCCGAGGGUAUUGCCACAGACAACGCUAAUAAUCUUAUUUAUGUUGCUGAUACUGGAAACGAUAGGGUACAGAUUAUACAACCUGAUGGAAAAUUCGUUGACCAAAUAGGAGUUUAUAACAAACUGAAACCAACGGGUAAUACCACAUUGUGGGAAACCAAAGAAGUAAUCUGCACGGAACUAAACACACCCACUGCGGUCGCCCUGACCGCCGAUCGAAUAAUCAUACUGGACAGCGGAAACCGACGCGUCAAAGUGUACAAUAAAAAUGAUAAAGGAAAAAUUCUCGAAUUCGGCUCUACGGGUCAGAGAAAAGGCCAGUUCAGACAACCAGAAGUUUUGGCUGUAGAUCCUAUGGGCUACAUAUUAGUUGGAGACUCUGGGAAUUGCAGAGUCCAGGUGUUCAAGCCGACAGGACAGCUGGUCAGAGUAUUCGGAGGCUUCGGCACUCAACCCGGCAAAUUCGGGUGGAUAUCCGGAAUACACGUCACAAAGCAUUUAGAUAUUAUAAUUUGCGAUACCAAAAACCACACCGUGAAUUUUCUGUAAAUCUCCAUGAAAAACAAUUCUAUGCUAUUAAUAUGUUUUUGUGAUACGUCUGUUGGGUACAUAGUAAUAUAUUUAAAAUUCUAUUGUAUGUGCGUAUGUCACUGAACUCCCCCUAAACGGCUGGACCGAUUUGAAUGAAUUUUUUUGUAUGCGUUUUAGUGUCGCCCUGGAUAGUUUAGAUUCAUAAAUCAGCCCGGCAGAUGGCAUUGCAGUCUUUAUCUAGGUUAUUUAUCUAUAUUGCAAUUAAACGGCUGGAUCGACUUGAAUGAAUUUUUGUGUAUGCAUUCACAGGACAACGUCUGUCGGGUCCGCUAGUAAGUAAUAUAAAGUUAGUUGUUUCACCAAAUGAGUUAAUACAGAUUACGAUUUUGAAAAUAGACCGGUAUAAUAUGAAUAUUUUUUUUAUUUUUUUUAAGUGAUUUUAUGACCUGGUAUCUAAGACCUUUAAGUCAUGUCUUAUUUUAAUUUAUAUUCUUAUAUUUAUGAAAAAUGAUAAUAUGGAGUGAAAUGAAAUGAAAAUGAUUAAUUUGAGACAUUAAUCAACUGGGAUGAAAUUCAAUGAAAUGAGAUUAUAUGGGAUGAAAUAUAAUCUUAGUAAAAUGGUAGUCAUUUACUAAGAUUUUUCAGUGGACUUUUUGGAGGAUCCCGAGAAGUUGCGUCCAGCGACUUUGUUUCAUUUUCCCACAUUUGUGCACUUUCACAGAUAUUAAACAUUUAAUAAACCACGAUUAUUACACAUUUAAAUCCGAAGAAACACUAAAUAGACAAAACAAAACAAAUCACACCACUUCACUCCUCGCGUUCCCGCCAAAAAGUCGUAUGAAUAUUUAAAUUCGUUCACAACAUAGAUUACUUGAAAUAUAUACGAUAAACGACGUA